AUGAAUCCCUUCCUCGCUUGUCUGGGAUUCUUCUGGGAUCCGUUAUCGCAGGGUGUGCAUAAUUUCCUGCAGAGCAGCACGGGGGGAGUCGUCUCCUGUGUGUGGAAUCUGGCCGCCGGUGGAAUCGUCACUCUCAUUCUGCUGGACUCCAGGGCAGAGGAGCUGGGUAGGGAGAUGAAAGAGCUGACGGACAUUAGAGCAGAUCUAUUGACGGAGAUCAGAAACGGCAAGCUUGAUAACAAGGGGCCGACCCAACAGGCCAAGACUUGGCUCGAUGAGCAAAACAAGAUCGAGGACAGGGUGGACAAAUUCCGGGUUUCCUUCCAGCAGAGGGGGGACUCCUCUGAGGGCUGUUCUUUGCUAUCCUCCUAUCGGCUCUGUUGUGAAGCUGCCGAAUGCCUGAAAGAAGUCCAGAGGCUGAAGACCCAAAAGAACAAUCUCCCCCUCCUAAUCCAGGCGCCGCCGCCCGCGGUGGUUCCGCUUCCGAGCUCUUCAGUCUCGAUGGUGGGCGAGGAAGAGACGUUGUCGGAGAUCCGUCGUCUCGUGGAGGACGAUGAAGUAGGAAUCAUCGGGAUCUACGGCUUGGGGGGAGUAGGGAAGACGACCCUCUUGAAGGCGAUCAACCACGAGCUCCACCAAAGGGGUCCCCCCCGUUUCGAUCUGGUCAUUUGGGCCACCGUGUCCAAGGAAGGUGAUAUCCUGGAGGUUCGUUCAAGAGGAAAUCGCCGCCGAUUGGGCUCUCUGGCCCCGGGGAGGGCCAGGGCCCGACCCUUCCAGUGGAACUACCAAACAGGGCCAGCACCAUGCUGAGGACCCUCUCCCAGAGGAAGUUCUGCUGCUAGACGACCUGUGGGACAAACUAGACCUUGGCGCUGUAGGCGUCCCCUUCUCCACCUCUUUCAUCAGGAACGGAAGCAAAAUAGUCUUCACCACACGGUCAGAGAAAGUGUGCAACGAGAUGGACGCUCAACGGAAAGUGAAGGUACCCCUCUUGAAUCAAGCAAGCUCUUGGACGCUCUUCUGCCAAAAGCUGGGAAAGGGAGAAGACCAGUGGGAUCCCUUUGUGAGAUCUCUCGCAGAAGCCGUUGCUAAGAAAUGCGGAGGCCUGCCCAUCACUCUCAUCACCGUAGGCCGGGCCAUGGCGGAGGUCACCAGCCGUGGCGAGUGGGAAGAGGCUCUCAUGGCGCUGAAGGGCAUACCCGCGGCACCCGGAGACAUGGAAGAGAAGGUUCUAAAGCUUCUCAAGUUCAGUUUCGACCGAUUGAAAGAUACAUCCACCAGGGAGUGCCUUCUCUACUGCGCCCUCUUUCCCAGAGGAUGGGAACAUCUUUAA